AUUGCAUUGUUUUGAGACAGAGACACCAACACAUGGAGGACUUGAGCAUUCACCACGCCAACCUGGAACUUUCUGAAAAUCUGGGGAGACAUCGAACAGAUGGCUUCAAGAAUGCCAACGCUCUGGUGGUGCGAAGAGGGGCCCCAUUUAAAAUCAGCGUCCAGCUCAAAGGCCGACCCUUCAACCCCAGGACGGAUUCUCUGAGGAUUAAAGUCACACUAGGUCAGCUUAAUGUAGAGAUGCCAGUCACUUUUUCCACAAAGCACUCUUCCUCCCACUGGAAUGCCUACAUUGACCCAAACAACUUGAACUUCCAGAAACUCUCCAUCUUCAUCUAUUCUCCUGCUUCAGUCUCAGUGGGAUGCUACUCAUUUCAGCUGUCUGUUUCCACGCAAGAUGGCCAGAAGAGUACCGUGGUGGGCAAUUUCAUCAUGCUCUGCAACCCCUGGUGUUCGGAGGAUGCAGUUUAUAUUCCAUUUGAGGACCAGAGGGAGGAAUACAUCCUGAGUGAUUCUGGAUUGCUGUUUAUGGGGACCCCGAUGAACCUUGUCUCAAGACCCUGGUCCUUUGAUCUGUAUGAGCCUGGUGUUUUAGAGGCCUGUCUGGAUCUGCUCAAAGUCAGCCCUCAGCAUCAAAAAAAUAAAAGGAAGGAUUACCUGAACAGAGGCAACCCUGUCUACAUCAGCCGCGUUGUUUCUGCCAUGAUCAACAGUGAGGAUGAUCGUGGUGUGCUGAAAGGGAACUGGACUGAUGACUUCAAACAGGGUGUCAGUCCCUCAAAAUGGACAGGAAGCAAGGACAUCUUGAGGAUGUGGGCCCAGUCUGGUUACAGCCCGGUCAAGUAUGGACAGUGCUGGGUGUUUGCUGCAGUCAUGUGCACAGUCAUGAGAGUUCUUGGCAUUCCUUGCCGUGUCGUCACCAACUUCAACUCUGCUCACGACACCAAUGCCAACCUGGUGGUUGAAGAGUACUACAGUGAAACUGGACAGAAGCUUAACCGUAGUCAAGACAGCAUAUGGAACUUUCAUCUGUGGGGGGAGUGCUGGAUGACCCGCAAAGAUCUUGGGCCAGAUAUGGAUGGGUGGCAAGUUCUUGACCCAACCCCACAAGAGAGGAGCGGAGGAGUGUUUUGCUGUGGGCCAGCUCCAGUCAAAGGAAUCAGGAAUAAGCGUACAGACCUGAUUUAUGACAUCCCAUUUGUCUACGCUGCAGUGAACGCUGAUGUGCACACAAUCAUCUUGUCAAGCCAGGAUCAGGUAGUUGGCUUCAGCAAAGACACAGAGAAAGUUGGAUCCCUAAUCUGCACUAAAGCAAUUGGCUACCCAAGAGUGCAGAACAUCACAGGAGACUACAAAUACAUCAAAAGUCCUACUUCAACGCUUUCGUCAAGAAGCUCCACAAUUUCAAACGACUCAACACUUCGCAGAGCUACUGCACCUGAGGGGGUCUUAGUCUCCUUGACGCUGAAUAAAUCUCCAGCUCCCGGAGAGCCAAUCGCCUUCCUUGUGAAAGCUGUGAACAAGCAGAAAAUACCCAAGGUGGUAAAAGUACAUCUGAAUGCUCAGGCAAAAGAGUACAACCACAGCCCCUCUGAAACCUUCUGGGAAAAACACGGCAUCAUACAGCUAGCACCAAUGGAAGUCAAAGUCGUCCAGGAGCAAAUCCUUCCAGCACAGUAUGAGCACGUGAUGGAAAACAACCUCAUCAACCUAGCAGUCGUCCUGGAGGACAUGGCCACCCACAAGCGGGUGCUCGCCUCAGAGGAGUUCAACAUCGCCAGCCCAGAGCUCAUUAUCCAGGUUGCAGAUGAAGACUCCAUUGUGCCAAACAAACAGCUCACUGCCACCGUGACUUUCACCAACUCUUUCUCUCGCCCAGUCAGUGGCUUACUGACUAUAGCCGGGGCCGGGCUAAUUGCUGGCAAAAAACAGUUCAGGAUGCCGUCACUUCGUCCAGGGGGUAAGGCAAGCCAGUCCAUCACCUUGACCCCAAGCAUGGCAGGUGUAAAGAUGCUGCAAGCCAGUAUAUCCCUUUUAGACACCGACACAAUUAGAUGCUUCAAGAUGAUUUCAGUCAACAGUAUUUAACACCUGCAAAAUAUCCCAUGUUUUAUUAUGAUGUGAAUAUUAUUUAUUAUACUAUUUAUUUCUGCUACUGAUGUAUUUGUGAAAUGUAGAUAACAGUGUGUAAAAAAAUGUGAGAAAUGAUUUUUCAUUUAUUUAAAUAAAAAUAAUUUAAUUAAA